UGUAGCGCCAUUUUCCCCCUUUUUGUUCGUUGGACGCUGUUUGAGUGUGAUGCUCAGAUCAAGUAACCAUAUCCACAUGCUUUCUCUUCCACCUUCCUUCUUUUUUUUUGUUUGCUUGAACUAGUGGGCCUUAGGCCCAAUAGAAAUCCUAACGUAAAUAAAAAAAAAUAAAAAAGGACGACUUGCUUUGAUUCUGAAGGCAGCGACCGCGUUUUCAUCUCCCACAUCAGAAGCUCUCAGCUGCACUGCAACUUUGCAACCAUCUGCCAUGGUUCUUCUACAGCUAGAUCCGUUUCUCAAUGAACUCACCAGCAUGUUCGAGCGAAGCACUGAGACGGGCUCUGUUUGGGUUACACUUAAACGAUCAACCUUGAAGUCUAAAGCCGUUAGGAAUAAAAUGGCAACUGCUGGUGAAGCAAUUGAGUAUAGAUGCCUUAUCCGUGCGACCAAUGGGAAAAAGACAAUCUCUACUUCGGUUGGAGCAAAGGAUCACCAGCGCUUUCAAGCUUCUUAUGCAACUAUAUUGAAGGCUCACAUGACUUCCCUGAAGAAGAGAGAAAGGAAGGAAAAGAAGAAAUCCGCGGAGGCUGAUAAGAGAGAAGGCACUUCAAAGAGGCCUAAGAAAUCUUAAAGUAUAAUAGGUACUGUUUACCCGCUACAUGGCGUGGAGGGGCAAUCCAAAUAAGAUAACUAAAUGGUAUGUGUCUUAUUCAUCAUAUAUUCAAUUUUGAUCUAAUAUCAAUGUGGAUUAGCUUUAUCUCCCAUAAACGAAUGUAAGUUCUAUGAAUGAAAUCUUUUAUAGAAUCAAGAUAACAGAAGAGAAGGAAAAGAGAAACUAGAUGUUUAGUCACCUAAAUCCUACUGCACAAUCUCAAGCAGCAUUUCAUUAGGCAAAGCUAGCUUUUUUGGUUUCCCACGGGUAUUCUCUAGUUCGGCAGGUUAAAAACUAAUCCGUCGUGGAUCAAAAAUCUAUUUAAAGAUUUGCCGAUGGCCAAUGAGUUGUUGCAUGCACAAGAUGGAAUUCAGACUGUAAUACUCUACUAUACAAAGCCUUACGCUAUAAUCGUAAAUCAGAUGUGGUGGGACAUUACGACACUAAAAGCAAGAAUACAUACAUAAUAUAACUAGAAGCACGUGAAAAAAGAUAAACAAAACGACGACCGUUAUCACAUUCGAAGCGUUAAAGGUAAGAAAACGUCGUGUGUGUAUAUAUAUAUAUAUAUAUAUAUAUAUAUAAGAUCCAGAGUAGAUACAUAAUAAGAAUUAGUCUCGACUCUCGAAGAAAAGGUCAGCUAGGACAUAAUGCAAACUGGAAGAGUACAAAAUACAUCCUAUUUCUCUAAAAUAAAAUUUCUAAGAGGAGUAUACAAUACAGCAUUCAAACGUAGAGAAAUGUACUACAUAAAACAAAAUAAACUCCGAAAGCUCGCUUUGCUGAAAAGGAAUCUUGCACACUCAAUGAGAUGCGUCACGUCGUGUAUUUGUAAAAUAGAAAUUUUCACAACGGGUGAGAAUUCGAAGGUUUUCAGUAGGGUAAUAAUUCUAAAUAGAGACUAUAUAAAAUUAUAUGAACUCACUAGACAAUCCUAGUCUCCAAACUCAUAAAGUUCAAACCUAGGGUUAUUUCUAAUCCAAACAGGGUGUAUUCCCUAAGUCACAGUUCUUUCCAACACUUCUCAGCAUCUUUAAUAUCCAAUAUCACAAUUGAUCAACUCAGUAAUUUAGUAUCCAAUUUAGUAAUAUCAAAGACAUUUAGUAAUCAAUGUAAGUUAAACACAAUUAGAAAGCAAGUAAUACAGAUAACAGUUAAUCAGGAUCAGCAGUUAGGAAAACCAAAGACAAUUAAGCACACUCAAACAAUGACAAUUAAAUGCAGUAUGAUGCGUAUCCUAUUGGCCGUGAGUUCACGUGUCAGUUAAAUUGUCAAAAUCCGACACAUCUAUUAGCUAAUCUGGAUAUCAUCUCUCUUGUGUUAUCUGAUAUAGUGCCCGACACACUUUUGGGAUAUAGUGCCAUCCACACUUCAGGGAUAUAGUGUCCGACACUCUUUUGGGAUAUAGUGCCCACCACACUUCACACACCGAGAAAAUGUGGGAGGGAUGAAACCACUGUCCCCACGUAACACCGCAACCACGAAACAAGCCGGAUGGAACCACCGUCCUUACCCAGUGAAAAUGCCAGAUCAAUACGCAAGCGGGAUAAGACCAACAUCUUUGCCAAAUCAGUCAUUCAAACCACAAUUAGUUAUAAUC